UUAGUAUUUCACAACCUGCAAACAAUAACUGUUAAGUUUAGCAAAAAGCAUUGUCUCCAGUGAACAUGGACGAACCGGUUUGUCUCAUUGACACGACGUCAGAUGGGAGGCUGUGUGUGCAGGAGUCAGCGUUGCAGAUCUUGCAGAAGAUUGAGCAGCCGGUGGUGGUGGUCGCUGUGGUGGGUCUCUACCGCACCGGGAAGUCCUACCUGAUGAACCGUCUCGCUGGGAAACAAACAGGGUUUGCACUGGGCAGCACCAUUGAGUCCAAGACAAAGGGUAUCUGGAUGUGGUGUGUGCCCCACCCCACUAAAAAAGAAACCACUUUGGUGCUGCUGGACACUGAGGGACUUGGAGACGUGGACAAGGGAGACUCAAAGCAUGACACAAAGAUUUUUUCUCUGGCAGUUCUUUUGAGCAGCACUAUAGUCCUGAACAGCCGAGGAACUAUUGACAACAGGGCCAUAGAGGAAAUGCAAUACGUGACUGAGCUAACAGAGUACAUCAAGAUCAAAUCACCUGAUGAAGUUGUAGACGAUUCGGAGUUUGUGAAGUUCUUCCCCAGUUUCAUCUGGGCUGUUAGGGAUUUCACUCUGCAACGAAACAUCAAUGGAAAAGACGCAACAGAUGAUGAAUAUCUAGAGUUCGCUCUGAAACUAAAACUGGGCAACUCAGUUCAAGUAAUGAAUUACAACCUGCCAAGAGAGUGCAUUCGUAAAUAUUUUCCAUCACGAAAAUGUUUUACCUUCCCAUUCCCAACGAACCCAGACAAUGUCUCUUAUCUGGAGACACUGGACCCAGCUGAGAUUUCAAAACCCUUCUUGGAAGUCACUGAUUAUUUCAGCCGGUUCAUCUUUGGUCACAGCCAAGUGAAAAAUCUAAAAGAUGGACACAAGGUUACCGGCAGAGUGUUGGGUAAUCUUGCGAAAACUUAUGUGGACACCAUCUCUAGUGGGGCUGUGCCAUGUCUGGAGAACGCUGUGAUUGCCUUGUCAACAAUUGAGAACGAGGCUGCAUUACAGGAGGGGCUUGAGGUGUACCAGAGUGGAAUGGAGAAGCUGAAGAAAUCCUUUCCCCUGGAACUGAAUGAAAUCACUUCGGAACAUCAGUGUUUCAAUCUCAUGGCAACACAAACCUUCAUGAAACGCUCAUUCAGAGACACUGAUGGAAAGUACUUGACAUCUUUAGAGGAAUCCAUCAGACAUCAGUUUGAUAGGUAUCUCUCCAACAACGAGAAGGCUUCUGAGGAUAAAUGUGAAAGUCUUCUGUCAGUUCUCUCUGAACCAAUGACGGAAAGAAUCAACAAAGGAUUCUAUGCCAGAGCAGGAGGUUACGACCUCUUCUGCCGGGACCUAGAGGACAUCGUGAAUCAGUACAAUUUGCUAGCAUAUAAAGAAGUCAAGAUUGCAGAGGUGUUGGAGAAGUUUUUGCAGCAUACGGCUACGCUUACCACGGCCAUUCUGCAGGCUGAUGAUAAACUAACUGAAAAUGAAAGGAGAAUAUGUGGUAAAAGAUUUCUGUUUUCAACUCACAUAGUAUGCUUAAAAAAUAACAUUUUAACAUAAAAAUCAGAAAGCUAU